AAAAGAGUUACUUGCUGUUUUUAAGAAGUGCUAGCUUCCUACUUCAAGCAGAUGAGGUUAAGAGAGUUUUGAAAUGUGAUUGUCAGUUUGAUACAAUGAUAAAAGAUGAAUGAGGAGUGUGAUGGUGAAAGCAUCCACCAGGCAACAGCUGAAGGCAAUGGGGUGAGGCUGAAAGAGCUACUUGCUGAAGGGGAAGAUGUGAACGAUGUGGAUCAGCUGGGAUGGACACCCCUCAUGCAUGCAGUACAUAACGGACACCAUGACAUUGCAAGGGAGUUGGUGUGUAAAGGUGCAAAUGUCUCCAUCUGCAACUAUCAUGGAGUUACAGCCUUCACAAUUGCAACUCUCAUGUUUGCGGAGGAUUUACAGCUGUUGUUGUACAACAGUUUGUCAUCAGAGAUGAAACCACAAGAGAGUAGCAUGUCUCUACUAGUGGCUUGUGCUAAUGGGUUACACCAGGCAGUAAAAUGGCUUCUACAAAAUACUUCAGCUGAAAUCAAUCAUAUAUUCAAAGGAGUAACUCCUCUAAUGCUGGUCGCCAUGACUUCAGGAGAUUGUGAGUUGGCGAAACUGUUGUUGGAUUCCGGAGCCGACCCAUUCGUAAUGAGUCCAUUGGGACAAAAUGCAUCAGAACUUGCUCUAGCGGCUGGUAAUAGAAAGCUGUUCCUACUUCUCAACCCUACAACACCUACGCACAACAUCCGCUUUAGCUUUGAAAAAGUUGAAGACACAGAUUUUGAAUCUAUAGAUCCAAUUUUUACCAACCAAUUGUAUGUUGAUACUCCAAGAGAUGGUAAAAGCGCUCAGUGCCGUCCAGUGUUUAAGAAUAGUGAUGAUGAGAUCAAUGAGGAUAAACAGUAUUCCAGUCCAUCCAUGAAGAGUGUUUUUAUUCUAUCUCCACAACAAAGGACUCCAGAUAGUAGAGGAUUGGUCUGUCAGUACAACCUGGCAACUAUUGCGACUCCGAGGAGGUUUGUAACUAAGACACCAAGCAAGGGACGCAAGAGGAAACUCACAUCUGUCAAUGGGUUUUCAUCUUGGCUUAAAAAAAUUACUAAAAGGAGGUCCAAGUCUUUGGCAGAUGAAGAUGACUAUGAUGACUUGAAUAUUAAUAAACAAAAUGGAGUUGACUUUUUAAAACUGUUGAAAGACUUAGGACUAGAAGAAUUUUUCCCUGUUUUUAAAGAGCAAGAGCUUGACAUUUGGACAUUUCUCUCACUGACCGUCCAUGAUCUUGCAGCAAUGGGGAUUGACAAAGCUUCAUCGCAACUCCGUAUCUUGGCAGGAAUACAAACUCUCCGAACAACUCAGAUAUAGGCUUUAAUAAAGACAAAAUUAGGUUAAGUUUUAAACAUUUUAUUUUGAAACAAUUUCAUGGAUUGUAUGUAUUACAAAGAUAACAAUUAAAUUAUUUUGACAA